GCCGAGGUGGUUGACAUCGGCCCUCAGAAGACCCGUAGUAUGCUUCGUACCUGAAUGAGAUGUAACUGACAGCAAGAAGACAUCCGCACGAUAGCAAUGACCCUUUCCUUUCAAACGGUGCAUCCGAGUCGUCUCCAAAGGAACAUCAGGCCAGCUUUAUUAUCGCAACUCCGCAUUAUUACCGCUCGCAUUCCAGCACGCGGCUACUCCACCCCAUCCACGAUGGCCUCAGACCCGAUCGUCGAGAAGCUCAAACAGUUCCCGACCUGCGACAUCUCGGGCGCCCUCGUGAAGCUAAAGUACCGCAACGGCGGCUUCCUCUCAGGCCUUACGCUCUGGUCUCCAGAGCGCCAGGCGGGCGACACGAGGAUCGUCGGGCCGGCGUACACGGUCAAGUACGCGCCGCUGUCCGACCCGUCGCCGAAGCACCCGAGCCACUACAUCGACUCCGUCCCCGCGGGCGCCGUGGUGUUCGUCUCGGCGCCGGCCAAGACGCCCAACGCCGUGUACGGCGGGCUGAUGACCGCGCGGGCAAAGGCGCUCGGCGCCGUGGGCAGCGUCAUCGACGGGCGGUUCCGCGACCUGCACGAGCAGCGGGAGCAGGGGUGGCCGGUGUUCGCGCGGGACGUGGGCACCGCGCCUCCGCAGGAGCUGCUCAAGGUCGUCGGCGUGGACGUGCCCGUCAAGCUGGCCACGGACGAGCAGGACAUGGAGAUCAGGCCGGGCGACUACAUCAUCGGGGACCUGAACGGGGUCGUGGUCUGCCCCAAGGAGCUUGCCGAGGAGGUCAUUCCGAUAGUGCAGAAGAUGGUCGACGCGGAUGAUAAGGUUAUGGCUGCGCUGCAGGAGGGGAUGGGCUUUGAGGAGGCUACCAAGAAGUUCAGAGGCUGAAUCUCUAUGGCCUGGACGUGAGUACGGAUACUACACAGUUUAUCAAACUUAAGCUAGACUUCAUCUACUCACGCAGACCUACAAUCCUUGUGAGCCAAGGAGAUUAUGCCUCUGCCUAUGAGACUGGAGUGAGAGCAGGCCGGUAAAUGUGCGGAGAAACCUUGCAUUUUCAUGUAAGCCUCCCGGACUUGAUAUCAACGGGAAAGUGUACGUAUCGCAUAGUUUCACACGGCCAGUCUUCUUUUGCUGUCUCGUUCUAGGGUCACCACGUGUGGUUUCGUUUUUAAUCCCCAUACAUG